GGCUGCUUGGAUUUGAUCAGGGAACUGUCAGCUUCAUUGCUGUUCUCUCCACUGGUGCUUCGGGAACUCUAGAACUACUUCCGAGAGGGAAGUAGACCAAGCCACUGCCAGAGAGAGUUCCAGAAGAAGACCAGCAGCUCUGACCAUGUGUUGGCGGUGGAAAAUUCCAAGACUUUACACUCCCUGGGUUACUGAGAUGUCCCACCGAACUUUGCAUGUUAAUAUCAAGAAACUAAUGCCCAUACAGUGGGGCCACCAGGAAGCACCUGCCAAGUUCAACUUUGCUAAUGAUGUGAUAGAUCACUGGGCCAGCAUGGAGAAGGCUGGCAAGAGAUCUCCAGGUCCAGCCCUGUGGUGGAUGAAUGGCAGUGGGGAAGAAAUAAAGUGGAGCUUCAGAGAACUGAGUGAAAUCAGUAAACAGACAGCCAAUGUUCUCUCAGGGGCCUGUGGCCUGCAGCGUGGGGACCGUGUGGCAGUAGUGCUUCCCCGAGUCCCUGAGUGGUGGCUGGUGACGCUGGGUUGCAUGCGGACUGGCCUUGUUUUCAUGCCUGGAACCAUCCAGAUGAAAUCCUCAGACAUACUCUACAGGCUGCAGUCAUCCAAGGCCAGGGCCAUUGUGGCUGGGGACGAAGUGGCCCAGGAAGUGGAUGCUGUGGCCCCUGACUGUUCUUUUCUGAAACUCAAGUUGCUGGUGUCUGAAAAAAAUCGAGAAGGAUGGCUAAACUUCAAGGCACUGCUAAAGGAUGCAUCCACCAUUCAUCAGUGUGUGGAGACAGGAAGCCAAGAAUCAGCUGCCAUCUACUUCACUAGUGGAACCAGUGGCCCUCCCAAGAUGGCCGAACACUCCCAUUGCAGCCUGGGCAUCAAGGCCAAGAUGGAUGCUGGCAGCUGGACAGGCCUGAGUACUUCUGAAAUAGUAUGGACCAUCGCAGACACGGGUUGGAUACUGAACAUUUUAGGCGCGUUUCUGGAACCUUGGGUAUUGGGAGCAUGUAUAUUUGUCCACCUUUUGCCAAAGUUUGAUGCACAAACUGUUCUAAAGGUACUUUCCAGCUACCCCAUCAACAGCCUGUUGGGUGCUCCCCUCAUUUACCGGAUGUUGCUACAAGAGGAUCUUUCCAGUUACAAGUUCCCACAUCUGCAUAGCUGCUACAGUGGAGGAGAGACCCUUCUCCCAGAGACUCUGGAGAACUGGAAAGCCAAGACAGGACUGGAAAUCCGAGAAAUCUAUGGCCAGACAGAAACGGGACUUACCUGCAGAGUUUCUAGGACGAUGAAAGUCAAACCAGGCUACCUGGGAACAGCUUUUCCCCAUUAUGAUGUACAGAUCAUAGAUGAGCUGGGCAAUGUCCUGCCCCCUGGCAAGGAAGGAGACAUGGCUAUCAGGGUGAAGCCCAUCUGGCCUAUAGGCAUGUUCUCUGGAUACGUGGACAAUCCCAAGAAGACACAGGCUAAUAUUCGAGGAGACUUUUGGCUUCUGGGAGACCGGGGAAUCAAGGAUCCAGAAGGGUAUUUCCACUUCAUGGGACGAACAGACGAUAUCAUUAAUUCCAGUGGGACAUACUUUUGCAGGUACCGGAUUGGACCAUCAGAGGUGGAGAAUGCACUGAUGGAGCAUCCUGCAGUAGUUGAAACAGCUGUGAUCAGCAGCCCAGACCCUACCAGAGGAGAGGUGGUGAAGGCAUUUGUUGUCCUAGCCCCUGAAUUUCUCUCCCAUGACCGAGACCAGCUUGCCAAGAUGCUUCAGGAGCAUGUGAAGUCAGUGACAGCACCCUACAAGUACCCUAGGAAGGUGGAGUUUGUCUUAGACCUGCCCAAGACUGUGACAGGAAAAAUUGAGCGAGCAAAGCUUCGAGCCAAGGAAUGGAAAACAUCUGGACAAGCCCAGGCCCAGUGAGACUUCCAAGACUCCUGCUGGGGUUCUGUCUUCUCCAAUCUUUUCCUGUGACUUUGUAGUCUUCCUAUGGAGAUGAAAGAUUAUUCAUGCAGAGACAUGUAUGUGAUUUCGGUCUCUGCUUGGUUAUUAAUACAGAACAAUGACACAUUUGAUGCUAGAAGAAAAAAGAAAGAGGGAAUAAGAGAUUUGCAGAAGGAGGAAUAAAGCCAGAAAAGACUAAAACAGCAAGGGAAAGAAAUUGCCAAUUCAAGUGGACAGGAUGGGGGAGAAAGAAGGAGGACGCAGAAUGAGGAGAGGGAGAGAAGAGAAGGAACUAGAGAGAAGUAGAAAAGGAGCGAUGUGUGGAAGGACACUAGUGUCUAUGCCAAGUUGCCUUAAUCCUUAGGGACAUCAUGUCCAAAGGUGGAGAAAAUACCACUUACAGAGCACUCCCAAGGCAGUGUUCUAUACUUGUCAUGAGCCAUCUUGUUUCGUCUGUGUGGCACCUGCAGGCUCAACUUCUGCACCCCAAAGCAUACCACUUCCUGUAGCUCACAUUUUUUGGUCAUGUCUUUACUUCCUUGAAUCAAUAUUAAAAAUCAUUUCAAAAUCAAAA